GGCGCAUGACCGUUCUGACUCGCACGCAAACAGCGGCGAUGGAUCAGAAGCCAGGUAUGACUGACGCGGACUACGAAGCACGGCUGGCGGCCAUCGUAGCCGAAGGCAAGAAGCGGGCAGACGCAGCAGCAGCAGCACGGAAGAAGAAAGAAGCAGAGGCAGAGAGGCUACGUCUUCUGGCUGAAGAGCAGCAACAGAAGCAUGCAGCAGCAGCAGCCACGGCCGCCGAUGAAGAACGUGCACGGCGACGCGAGGUCAUAUUCAGGGAGGAAAGUGCACUUCACGCACAGGCUAAGGAUUGGCAAAAAGAGGCCGAGAACGGCGACCCCGUUGAUGUCGGGAGCAGAGUGUCUCAACUACUCAACCGCGUCACGGACUUCCUUGCUACUUGUAUUGCGCAGCAGGAGGAUAUCCAUUCGCUCGACCACACCAACCAGGUGCAACAACAGUCCAUUGACAAGAUGCUCCAGCGCAUCCAGCAGCUGGAGCAGCAGCUUGCUACCGCCAACUCCGGCGCCGGUCCUUCCGACCUCGUCGACCGCGUCCACGUUUUGGAGAUUGACAUGGGAGUACUCAAGACCGGGGCGCAACAUGUCUGCACCGCCGCUGGCUCCAGCUCGACGCCACGGGAAUCCAUUGUCAAAUUUGACGGGCUUCCGAUCUUCUGUGACUCAUCGAAGACGGACCCCAUACCGUGGUGGCGUCAGUUCGAACUCAAGCUGGACCUUCACCACGUGAUCGACACAAACAGGCAUGCAUAUCUGUACUCCCGUUCGGGAGGAGCGUGCCAAGCAUGGCUGGAUAACAUGCUGUCCGCACAUGCCUGUACAGUCACCGAACUGCACAAGUACAUCAGCUGGGCAGAUCUCACGGAGGCGUGGAAGAAGCGUUUCCAAGUCGAACCGCCGGAGCACCUCGCGAUGGACACGUUGCUGACGUUUUCGCAGAACAAUCUGCCAAGCGGUGAUUUGAUUUCUGAGUUCCAACGCCUGGCUAGCACGCCCAAGUUGCCGAUGAACUUCGACGGCAUCAAGCUGUACUUCAUCAAGCGGUCGUGCCCGACAUUGCAGAACGCAUUGACUCACGUCGCGGACACCCUCACCACAAGUGAGRAGCUCUUCAACAAGGCUGCGCAGAUCAUUGUCACRAAUCUGGCCGCCCRGAACACGGGCCCUUCGUCAUCUGCCGGCCAGGGCACGCAUCAGCAUCGGCCCAAGGUGGUCGUGGUCGCAGCAGCAACGCCUAGCGACCCUUCAACUUCUUCGAACGAGGCUGCUUCAUCUGAUCAGGGAGACAGACUAGCAGCUGCCCAGAAUGGUGGCCGCCCCGCCAAAGGACGAGGACACGGCAAGCCGAAGACAACCACCAAUACUUCUUCUGGGCCCGGACAGACAGCUCAAGAACAAGGCCCUUGGACAACAUACGGUUUCGAGUUGUCCCACAAAGGCCAAAGGUCCCGCCCAGUCGGGAAAGUGAGCACCGCCGAGAGUGUUGCGACGACACUCUCGACGCCUUCGGAACCGGUUACCGCGCGAGUAACCUCCCUCGGYUCCGGGGCACAUGCGGACGUCGUAAGUCCUCCCAUUCUUCAUUCGUUCGAGGACUAUGCUGCCCGGCUCGUACCUUCGCUGAUUCCACGAGCCCAAGGACARGAUGUAUGUGCGGUCUCUUCUCCGAUCGGUAGUAGCUGCAUUGAUUCGUCUUCAAGUGGACCUUCACGGGAUUCGGCGCACGCGCUCAACAUUGAGGACUUGGACCCGUUGACGCCCGAGGAUUUUGCAUGGCUUCCUCUCCCUUCCACCGGCUGCUUACCGGAGCCGCAAUGCGCCGCUCUUCGCGCUCAUCUACAUACAUACUUGGCCUUCUAUGCACCACCAACUUCGCCUACGGAGGACGAGGUCGCGGUGGGGGACAUUCUUCCUUAUGUGAGCAAGGUGGCCCGCGAGUUUCGCAUGCAGCGGUAUGACGACAACAACACACCGCUCCUUUACGUCCGCAUCCAAAUCGGGCAAGCGUCCUGCAGCGCUUUGCUGGAUAGCGGCGCGACUCGCAACUUCAUUAGCCAGUCCUUCAUGCAAAGGGCCSGCCUUGGACCACAAGUUCGAAGGAAGGCACACCCUACGUCGAUCAAGUUAGCGGACGGAAGGACGCAACAACUCCUUGAUCGCUACAUCGAAGUCGUCCCGGUCUAUUUCGCACCUCAUGCAUGCGAACCGGUGACGUUCGACGUCUUGGAUACGGACUUCGACAUCAUUUUGGGCAUGCCUUGGCUCGCUAGUGCGGAUCACACGGUCAACUUCCAUCGGCGGACUCUUACGGUUCGCGACGCRUUCGGCACCGAWGUACYGUGUACCAUUCCUCCUCCGCACCCUUCGAUCCGGUGCCAAGUUGUAACCGCCAAAUCUUUUCGGGCCACUUGCGCUUACGAGYGGACUGACGAGAUUGACUUAUGUUUUCUUCGAACCGUCGCGGCAGCCGAUUCUCAAGCCACGGACUUGUCUUCCGACUCCCGGGUGGUGCGGUUGCUCGACGAAUUCGCCGACGUCUUCGAGUCACCUACCGGCGUGAUGCCGGAUCGGCCGAUCUCACACGAGAUCAUUCUUGAGGCCGGUGCCGUACCGCCAAAAGGUUGCAUCUAUCGCAUGAGCAAGGAGGAACUUACAGUACUCCGCGCGCAGCUCGACGACUUAUUGGACAAAGGCUGGAUCCGGCCUAGUAGUUCACCCUACGGUGCGCCUGUCCUCUUCGUUCGGAAGAAGAACAAGGACCUUCGCUUAUGCAUCGAUUACCGCAAGCUCAAUGCGCAAACCGUCAAGAACGCGGGACCUCUUCCUCGUAUCGACGACCUCUUGGAGCGCUUGGGCGGCGCGAAGUUCUUCUCCAAACUGGACUUGAAGUCGGGAUACCAUCAAAUCUCGAUUCGGCCGCAAGAUCGCUACAAGACCGCGUUCAAGACACGGUAUGGGCACUUCGAGUGGGUCGUGAUGCCUUUCGGACUCACCAACGCCCCGGCGACUUUUCAAGCGGCGAUGACCAACGAGUUCCGCGCAAUGUUGGACCGGUUCGUGCUGGUCUACCUGGACGACAUUCUCGUCUAUAGCCGGACCUUGGAGGAACAUCUGGAUCAUCUUCGACGAGUGUUGGAGAGACUCCGGCGUGCCAAGUUCAAAGCCAACCGCGACAAGUGCGAGUUCGUGCGUCAAGAGUUGGAAUACUUGGGCCAUUUUAUCACUCCACAAGGCAUCAGUCCAUUGUCGGACAAGAUUCAAGCCGUCCAAGAUUGGCCGGAGCCUCGGAAUGUUACGGAUGUCCGAUCUUUCCUUGGCCUUGCCGGUUACUACCAACGAUUCAUCAAAGGGUACUCGAAGAUCGCGGCUCACUUGACCAAGCUUCAAUGCGAGGACCGACCGUUUGACUUCGGGACGGACGCGCGGGAGUCAUUCUUGGCCCUCAAGGCCGCCUUGCUUUCCGCGGAGGUAUUGCGGAUUUACGACCCGCUCUUGCCAACACGCGUCACCACGGAUGCGUCUGGCUAUGGCAUUGGUGUCGUCCUCGAGCAACAUGACGGCGUGGAUUGRCACCCGGUCGAAUACUUCAGCAAGAAGGUGCCGCCCGUGCACUCCAUCGAUGAUGCACGCAAGAAGGAACUUCUCGCCYUCGUUCAMGCACUCAAGCGAUGGCGGCACUUCCUCCUCGGUCGACGCCAGUUCCGAUGGGUAACGGACAACAAUCCGUUGGUUUUCUACAAGUCUCAAGACACCGUCAACAGCACCAUCGCCCGUUGGAUGGCCUUCAUCGACCAAUUCGACUUCUUUCCCGAUCACAUUCCGGGGAAGUCGAACCGUUUCGCGGAUGCCCUUUCCCGGCUCCUUUUCAUCACAUUGCAGAUCCUUGGUCUACUGCGCAUUGCUCCCCUGAGCAUGCGUCAAUGAGGAGGAAACGUGGAAUGAUGGGGUGCCAAUGUGAAGGAUACAGAGUGGCAAUCACUACCUCGCCUUUGCCUCUUUUUUCGG